UUCUUGUUUGAUGUUUCUGAUUAUCAGGUACGAUUCUAGAUUCUAGUCUGUCAGAAGCUUCAGGUUUGUCAUGUGGCAGACCUCGUCACGAUGUUUAGCUUUUAAUUUUAGACAAAUUUGUACGGCUCCCCAUCAAAAUGACAGCGGUGAUUUGAAUAAUUAUACAAAUAUAUAUGUAAAUACUGAUUGAGUUGCAGAUGGGAGAGGGCAUUCACAACUUCCCUUCCAAAAAGUGUACAAGAGGAAUUGUCAGAAACAUUCAAUUUACACUAAAUACAAAAUAAUUCAUAAACUAUAAAAACACUGCAGCUGUUUUGCAGCUGAACUAAUGCACUUACAAAUGAAAUGAUUUAGGCCCUACACAAAGAAACCAGCAUUUAAAAAUGAAAAUACAGACAUGACACAGAGGACAGAAUAAAUUUAAAAGUUUCAAGAUGGCCAAAAAAAUUCAAAACUGUAAAACAGAGGACAGUACUGAUACUGAAGGAUUUAAGGAAAUAAUGAAAAGACCGAUUCAUUUCAUAUCUUGCCUGAGCCCAUGUUCAGUUUAUCACUUUUUUGAAGGAGAUACCAAUUUGAAGAGGUUUAAAAGAAAAAGCUCUAUUUGUAAGAAAUGUGGGUAUAAAAAGUUGUCGGAAGGGAUUUACACUCACAAAAAGAAACAGUCAUCGGAAGAGAUUUAUUGUGACAAGAAGAAACAGUCGUCGGAAGAGAUUUAUCGUGACAAGAAGAAACAGCCUACAAAAGACAUUUUCACCAUUACAGACAAGACGUUUCAGCCUUCAAAGCAUGAUAAUGUUUAUACUCCAACAAACAAGAAUAGUGUUCCAAUAGAAACAGAGGACAAAACCACUAACACAAUAGAUGCUGAAGUACAAACCACUCCAGAAAAAUUUAGUAUUUCCUUGCCACCUAUCAAACACGUGACACUACCUCAGUCUAUAAUACGUCCCUCUAUAGAGAAAAAUAUACAGCCUCAUGGGAAAGUUACUCAACAUUGUGUGGAUGAAAAAAUCUGUCCCUGUGCAAAAAACGGAAUUUCCUGCCCACUUUAUCCGACAGAAAUUUUAACAAAUCAGAACUACAAAUUACGCCAUAGAGAUUCUCCUCAAUCUUCCAUCACGAAAAAGAAUAGCGUCUAUUUUCAAAACGUUGAAACUUCAGUGCAAACCGAUUUGCAAUCGAAGGAUUUGAAGCUAGUGCAAACAACUGAACAGAGAUCUACACAAACAGAUUUUCCAGUUGCAGAUACGGUUAAAGGUCGAAGUAAACAGGCAUCUAUGCAAACUGAAUUGCUACUUGAUGAUAUUAAAAUUGCUCAGCCCGCAAAGCCAGUCUCUACGCAAACAGAUCCGACACUUUCUGAUGCAAAGGCUAGACAUUCAAUUAUAACAGUUGAAUCUCAAAGCAGUGUAAAUGUUCCAAAAUCGAACACUCCAAAUAUUGAAGAAACAACGAAGAAAACUACUCAUUCUAAUCGUAAAGGAUUAUCAGCCAAAAGUUUAGAAAAGAAACUAAAAUCUGGGAGUUCAAGACAUAUUAAACAUGAAAAAGCCCAUAAAUCGCCGAAUAAAAGAAAACAAAAGCUGUUUGUGAAAACACCUCCUCCGACUCGACAGCAAUCUGCUUUUAGUCAAGAAACAUCUUUGUAAACAUUCCCUUGUGCAGAAUUCAACUGACCCUAAUGCAAAGAGCUUCUAUAAAAAGUUGCAGCUUUUCCCAGGCCAAGUUAUCAUUUUGAUGGAAACAAACUAAAAACUAUUUCAUUAUGGUCGUGUUUGAACACUGCUUAUUCUUAAACCUGGUUGAACAUGAAGUCAGGUCCAAUUACAAACCUCCAUCAAAUUACUUUACUUACAAAGAAAGAUGAAAAUCUAUUUAAACAUGGAUGAAUAAUCCAAUAAAAGCUUUGAAAAGAUGUUGAAAACUUCUAAUGCCAUUACACAAUUGUGGUGACUGCGCAGCAGCCAAUGAGCAUGCAACGCCCUUCUAUAAUUUGCAUUAUUUUUGGGCUAUUUUAAAUUCCUCUUAAACCGUCAAGUUUAAUAUUCAAUUUUAAUGGGCUUUCACACUCGUCAUUCAUUAAUAAUCAAUAGAGUGAGCAACCAUUAGAAAUCACAAGCAAGUUUUGUAUGGAACAAAAAGUCAGAUGAAUUCUUAAAUAAAUGGCAUUUGUUUUCUUAUUGAGGAUACUAAUUUGAUGUUAAAAAAAAAUCAUAAUGAUGACAAAAUGUAAUGUUGUUAUUUAAUGUUAAUACUUGAACUAAUUCAAAAUCAUAGGAGAGAAGCUAUUUUUCCUCUCUCGGCAUAUUUUCCCCUCAAAUGAGUGGCUUUGGUCAUUUGGCUCUUUUUAGCUGGCUGACCAGGCCGCCAUUCAUUUCUUUAAAUUUAAUGCCUUUGUUGCCAUUUGUGUUAUUCCAUUACUGUGAAAUAGGCACAUGACUUUUUUCUCUAACUCUGACUUCCAAGCCUUCUCAGUUUCCAGACUUUUCUCUAAACUUCUCAGUUAUUAGUAACAAGUUAUGGGCUUUGGAGGCUGCAAUUCGCUUUUUGGUUAAUUAAUUUUUUUAUUACUUACAUAAAAGUAAAAAACAAAAAUUUAAAUGGGGAAGGAGGCUAAUGAAAUUUUCCAAAUCAAUUCCUGCCUACUUGCCAAUACAAUUUUUAGUGCUAUCAACUACCACAACAAACCCAGUGGUAGACCAAAUUGGCUAAAUCAAUUUGUUAUUAAAGGAAAAUAUAAUAUAAUAAUUUUUGGGUUAAUUAUAAAAAGAAAUAAAUGAAAAUCCCCAUUCACACUUUUUUAAAUGAUAUAACACAUCUGGUAAAAAUUAACUAUGAUUAAAUACAUUUGCUAAAUUAAAUAAACCUCUGUCCGAAUAAGAUUUCAAUUCAAAGACUACAAACAUUCAAGGAGUUUUUAACAAUUUUCCAUAUGGUAGAAAAGAUUUUGAAGUAUUUUCAGCUGAGGCAUUCUGCAUAUACAAAAAUGCAAAUUACAGAUACAAAGUCUAAUAUAGAAUAUUCAUAACUCUUUCAUUUCAAACUAUUUUGCACUUCCUGUAAAUGUACCCUUAACAUGGCAACCUCGUUUAUAAUGCAAUGGCCAACAAAAAGUCAAGUACCUGAUGAAGAUACAAGAACAUUCCUUAGAUACAUAGGUGCAGGGUUCCUCGUUGGCUGUGCGCUUUCUGUAUUAUUAGACUUUGAUGGAUGGCCUUUAUUUUUUGGAACCAGUGUUGGUGCGGGUCUUGCAACAAAUUCACUUGAUAAUUCUGAAACAAAAAUGCUACCUAUUCAAAAUGUCCAUAAUGUGUGAAUUUGAUAACUAUUAAUGUACAAAAUCAAAUCUUCAAAAUCAUAUUAUUAAAACAGUUUACCACUCUAUUUUUUAAAUUGA